AUGAUGAAACGGCUCGAUGUUCAACGAAGGAACGAUCAUUUCUGUGAUGUAAUCUUAGAAGUUGGCUGUGGUGACGAUCAAGCUCGCUUGAAAGCGCACAGAAUCGUUUUAUGUGCAGCAAGUCCGUUCUUCUACAAUGCUCUUAACAGCGAAAUGAAAGAAAAGAAAGAAGGAGUCAUCAGAUUAGAAAACACAAGCAAAGCUGUGAUGGAGGAAUUGUUAGAUUAUCUGUACACAGGAUAUGUUGACGUCACGCAACACAACGCGUUCGAUCUUCUAGAGGUAGCCGAUUUUUUGGUCAUUCCAUGUCUGAAAGAGACUUCAACUAACUUUAUCGCACGGACAUUGUCUUCUUCAAACUGUAUUUUGGCAUAUUAUUCGGCUGCUAAGUAUCAGUGCAGAGAAUUGCAAAAAGAAGCGAGAGAUUUUAUCUGUACACACUUUACGAGUGUAGUUGAGCAGGAAGAUUUUUUGAACUUAAGCAAGGAAGAGCUGGAAGAGUGGAUUUCAAGUGAUGAAAUAAGAGUAAGGGGGUAGAAGACGUUUUCCAGGCUAUUGUCAAGUGGUGUGAAGAAAAAGAGUGCCGCCAACGUGAAAUAUUUUUCGAAUUAUUUCGUAACGUUCGUCUGAUGUACCAGCUGUCACGCAACUAUGUUUUCAAGGAAAUCUUACCUCAUCCUUUGGUGAAAAAUGAUGAAAGAUGCACGUCAGUGGUCUUAGAUGCAAUGGAAGAUGUUUCAUCUGGCUCUGAAGACUGCUAUUUUGCCGAAGCACCAAGAAACUGUCUGAGGAUAGCUGAAGAUUGUCUUGUCAUCUCUAGCAGUGAAAGCACAAUCCCUUUACCUUCCCACAGAAGGCAAGUUAUUUAA